AUGGCCGUUACUGCCACCAUCUUACUGAUGGCGAGCAAGCACAAAGCCGACUCCUCGUCUUCUCCGGAAGACGCGAAUACGCACAUCGACCGCAACUCUGUCAUCGCAUUGUCAAUUAUCCUCUUCCUGGUCCUUGUAGCCAUCGCAUGGUACCUGCGCCUCCACUAUACGCACAAGCGACAAGCAGACUUAGAGCAGCAGUCGCGAUGCGGACAAGGUCGUUUCGAUCCAACAAUGGAGAGGGUUACAUGGAACAGACGAUGCGAUUCUUGUGGUGAGGAGAUUGGCAGAGUUAGAUCAGGGAGCUUAUUCAAGUUAAAAUCAGUCUUACUGAGAAAAGAUUCUGUUGCUACAUCCUCAUCGAGAAGUAGUUCAGGGACAGAGAACGUGCAGGGAAAUAGGGAGAAGAGGAAAUGGCCCGAGUUAUCUCAAUGGCGGAUACAAGGUUCUAGGACUUCAAUGUUAGGGCCAAAUGCUUUUGCUCUUCAUCAAAACACUUUCCCUCUGACGUCUACUGAAAGACCUUCUCCUACGCAUUCUCGUCGGCAAUCUCAACGCGGCUCCUUCGAUCCUCUUCCUCUUCAUAAUCCUCUUUAUCACACAUCAGCUCGACGGCGCAGCUCCUCGCUCUCGCAAGAUGCAUACGAUAAGCGAUGGUGGAAUGAGGUCGCUCGACGAGGAUCCACAACGAGUCCUACACGGCGAUCGUCUAUUUUGGACACUGUGCUAGAGCCGGGAGUCAGGGGUCACACAGGCGAUUCCCGAGCUGCCGGUGGAUUCAGUACCGUGAGCAGGGAUCAUGGUGGAGGUAGUACGGGUAGUGCGCAUGCAUCCUGGAGAGGAAGUAGAAGUGAAUCGGUCAUGUAUGAUUGGACACGACCCACGGAUGCUGAAGUGCACGCAAAGAACUUUGGAGAUGUGAUCUGGGACGGGCCUCAUCGUGGAAGGGGUAGUAAAGAGGAAGAGAACAUUCAAAGCAUGGAUUGGGCACUAAAGAUGUAG